AUGCGAGCGCAGUUCUCAUCUAUUGCCGCUGGCCAAUGGCUAUCCAUCCGACUGUCAAUUAUAGCCGUCAGCAUUGUUGCAGCAAUUGCUGUGUCGGCUGUAAUACAGCAUCAAAUCACGGGAGUUGACUCAGGUCUCGUUGCAUUGGCAAUAACAUACGCGUUAUCAUUAACUGGGCUCCUGAAUGGAUUACUGGGCUCGUUCAUCGAAACCGAAAAGGAAAUGGUGUCCGUUGAGAGAAUAGAAGACUAUCUCACGAAUGUGGAAAUGGAGGAUGACCGGGGUGAAGCAGAGGUCGCUUUCGAUUUCGCUGGCCGUAUUCAAUUCGACCAGGUUUCGUUGCGCUACAACAGCUACUUACCCCUGGCGUUGGAUAAUAUUAACCUCUCAAUAAACGCAGGAGAGAAAGUUGCGAUUGUGGGGAGAACGGGCCAGCGGGAAAAGCAGUUUAUUCCAGGCCUCCUUCGGGAUGGGAUUCAAGAGAGACGGGCAAAAACACGCUGA